AUGCCACUCUGGCACCGACCAUGGUCCGUCUUGCAACGUCGUAAUCUCGUACUCCCCACUGGUGUCUUUGCCAGGGACGUGUCUACGCAACCUCUGAAGCUCGUCCUCCGGCCAUACCAAGAGUCUUGUCUCGAUGCUUGUCUCGAUGCCCUCGAAUCCGGCGUCUCGCGCAUCGGUGUAUCUUUGCCCACCGGUGCAGGCAAAACCGCUGUCUUCAUCUCGCUGCUGUCCCGCAUAUCACCUCCUAAGACCCAACCCGGCGCGACGCGUUGUUUGGUCAUCGUGAAUAGCAUCGAGCUCGCGAGACAAUCUGCCAGCCAAGCUGAGAGACUGAGGCCUGAUUGGACGGUGGAGAUCGAGCAGGGUGUGAAGCAUAGGGCGUCGGGGACGGCAGAUAUUACUAUUGCGACGUAUCAGACUUUGCUCCAGGCGCAGAGACUUGCAAAGUUCGAUCCGAAGUGUUUGAAAGCGGUGGUUGUGGACGAAGCGCAUCAUGCUGCUGCACCUUCGUACCGCAAAAUCCUCUCCCACUUCGACCGCGCCAUCGUCCACCCAGAUUCAGAAUUCACACCGCCUCCCAUCCCGCAUACUAUCCCGGUCAUUGGCUUUUCUGCGACGUUCAGCAGACAUGAUGGCCUCGCGCUUGGGUCCGUGUUUGAACGAAUCGUCUACCAUAGAGACUUUCUGGAGAUGAUCAAGGAGCAGUGGCUGUGUAACGUCCGCUUCACGACUGUGAAAGCGAAUAUCAAUUUGAAGGAGGUCACCGUCAAUUCGCGCACGGGCGACUUCAAUCCUACGAGUCUUGCUCAGGUGAUUAAUACCGAGACGGUGAACAGGUUGAUCGUCCAGACGUGGCUCGACAGAGCAGGUUCAGAGAAACGCAAAUCAACGCUCGUUUUUUGCGUCAACCUUGCGCACGUACGACAGUUGACAGAUUGGUAUCGUGCAUACGGGAUCGACGCACGCUACGUCUACUCUGGGACGCAGAUAGCGGAGCGUAAGGCCUUGGUGAAUAGUUUCAAGGCGGGCGAGUUUCCGGUACUCGUUAACUGUGCCAUUCUGACCGAAGGCGCGGACAUACCCAAUAUUGAUUGUGUGGUCGUUGCACGUCCUACGCGCUCGAGGAACGUGUUUGCGCAGAUGAUUGGUCGAGGCAUGAGAUUGUCUCCUGGGACGGGGAAACAGGACUGUCGAAUCAUCGACUUCGUGGACGUUAUGGACCGUGUCCCAGGCAUCGUCUGUACCCCAACACUCUUCGGGCUCGAUCCUAACGAAGUCGUCGAAGACCAAUCAACAGAAGACUUGGAAGGCCUCGCAGAAGCCAAAUUGACAGGAGAAGACGGUGAUAUAGUGUGGCGCGGGGACAGCACGGAUAACAUUCCAGAACCGACGACGGUGACCUACAUCGAUCACGAUAAUCCAUUCUCCUUGGUGAAUCAAGCUUCGGGCGCUGCACCGAAUAUCAUGAAGCUCAGUCGGAAUGCUUGGGUAGGAUGUGGAGACGAUGUGUAUGUCCUAGAGUGUCUUGGGAAAGGACAUAUUAGAAUCGAACCUACGGAGGAUGAUGAGGGGGAAGUUCACUUUGCGGCUCACUAUGCGCCAGCGAUGGAUUACAAGACCGCAAUGGCCAUGAAAAUCUCGCGAUACCACCAUAAUCGACAAAUCCUGACGGCGACGACAUUGACCGACGCCGUCCGGGGCGCAGACACAUACGCCACGCAAAAGAUCAUGAAGGGGCCCUUAGCACUCGGGCUACUCCGGUCUGCGAGGUGGAGACAGCUCCCGGCGACCGCUAACCAACAGGCCUUCGUCGCCAAGCGCUGGGGCAUGCGUCCUACGACGCUCAUUCACCCAGAUGCAUCGAUGACAUCGGCGGGUGAAUCUAGCUUUCCUGACGAGGUUAAGAAGUUGACGAAGGGCCAGGCGGCGAACAUCAUCACCCGGCUGAAACAUGGUGCUCAGGCUCGAUAUGCGAAGAAGGUCAAGGAUAAGUUGAAGGCGGAGAAAGUGGCGACGAAGGAGCGGAUGAGACGGGCGAGGGAGCAUGUGAGAGUCGGGCCUUUACAUUCUGGUGAUAGCGCGAAGUUGUUAGUGGAGGACAAAAAGGACGCUUUCCUAUCUUGAGGUUUUUCUUGGUCUCGUCUCGAAGGUGGACGUUGUAUGCUAUAUACCAUCCUGUAGUAACAAUACCAUAAUCAUGAUCCCGUCACAGAAAGCAACGGCGACACCGCCAACGAACUCUGCAACGUCUUCACCGCCGCUCCCUGCGCCCUCUCCACCGCCGCCCCCAUCGUCUCUAACCCAUCACCACCACCACCACCGCUGCUUUUCCCUUCAAACAACCCCGGAUCCCGAACCACCUCGGCCAACAACGCACCGACCAGAGUGUCCCCGGCGCCCGUGACGUUCACGAUCGAGUCCUCCGCGAUGAUAUGCGCAGGGAAGUGACGCAGGAGGAUGGUGUCGGAUUUGCCGUGGAGGAUGAUGGUCCGGCGGGGGACGUUCGUCUGCUCCCCGCUAAUCCAUGAUGAUGAGUUUGAGGAGGAGGAGGAGGAGGGGAUGCGAGAGACGAGGAUAACGCCGAUGGAUCCGCAUUUGAUGACGAGGUUCUGGAAGAACGGGAGGAGGUUGAUCGCCAUUUGGGCUACUCCUUCAUGGACGAGGAAGCCUAGCGUCUGCUUGCUCUUCCCUGCCCCUUCUCCUUUUCCGUCGCCCCCAAUCGCGGUCCCAGAGUGAGAAUGAGGUCCAGGUGCGGCAGGAAGUCGUGCGAGCUGCUCUAACUGUAACCGAAACUCGGAACCAAGGUUGAAAGAGUCGAUGGUCCGCCACCAGUGUGGGUGGCUCGUGAGCUCG